UCGCGCGGAUCCGGUCGUGGAAAAAUGGUCGUCGGUUCAAACCGUUGAAGUCACCGGUGUGUGUGGCCUGUCCUGCCCAAGUGGUCAAUUAGUGGCAAAUGGAUUACAUUGGCGUUGGUGGGUGUUGAACGCGUGUGGGAGUGGGGGAGCAAGUUAACUCUCAAGAGUCGGGUUGAGGUGUUGAAGAUGUGAAGAUCUGCGAGCGCAAUUAGUGCCUGCCGUUGAGUGAUUUCCCGCGGAAUGGUUCUCGUCCAUAAUUAAGGGUUGUGUCGAUUGUGUCGAUUCGGCCGGAACGAGGUGUGAAGAUCUGCUGGAAACACCUGGUUACAGUCCAUUAGUGGGUCGAGAGUCGUUACGGAUUGUGUUACACGGAGUGCCAUAAAACAUCUACCGCUAGCGGAUAAUUUCGACUGGAGCAGUAAAAUUCCUGCAAGUGUCAUUUUGUCGGCGAGUUCAGUAACGGAGAUAGGAAGCACAGCUUCGCACAGGAUAAGGUCGUGGGUCACCGGAACCGGUUCUACCUUGUUAGAAGCGGGAGAAUCCUGCAACUUAACGGAAGAACUCAUCACCAUCUCGCCGAGAUGCCACCCGGAAAAACGUACCACUCGUGAUUGAAUUGAAUGAAAGUCAUCAUCACAAGGGGUGGUUGGCUGGCGGUGUCGAAAGUCAAGCGCAGGAAAAACCAGCAAAAGUGAGUGAACCAAGCGCGGAAUGAAAAGCUUCUAACCCCUUGGAGGUGGCUUUCAGUGCAACCUGUGGGGGUGGUGGUUCGAGAAGAAAAAAAGUGAGACUACCUUUAUCUACCUGGUUGAGCUGGGGAGGUUUCUUUUUUGUGCAUGUCGAAAAUUGGAAAUCAUCCUUCCCCCCGAGUGAAAGUGAGAGGCAGGUCGGCGGUGCUGCCCGCCAAGACAGGAAAAAUAACCUCCUCCGCCGGCUGAACAAAUGGACUGUCAUGAAUUAUGAAAAUGAUUUAACGCUGGAGCCAAGCAUCAGCAGCCCAAGUAGCAGCACGCGAUGGAUGGGGAAAACCGUAUCAUUCUCAACGUCGGUGGCAUCAGAUACGAGACGUACAAGGCGACGCUCAAGAAGAUUCCGGCCACUCGGCUGUCGCGGCUGACCGAGGCCCUGGCCAACUACGACCCGGUGCUGAACGAGUACUUCUUCGACCGGCACCCGGGGGUGUUUGCGCAGGUGCUCAACUACUACCGCACCGGCAAGCUGCACUACCCGACGGACGUCUGCGGGCCCCUGUUCGAGGAGGAGCUGGAGUUUUGGGGCCUCGACUCGAACCAGGUGGAACCGUGCUGUUGGUCAACGUACAGCGUGCACCGGGACACACAGAGCACCCUGGCGAUCCUGGACAAGCUGGAGCUGGACGACGAGCAGCCCUCGGAGGAGGCCAUCGCCCGGAUGUUUGGCUUUGAGGAGGCCCUCCUGAAUGGGGAGCUGACCUGCUGGCAGCGGACAAAGCCCAAGAUCUGGGCCCUGUUUGACGAACCGUCGAGUUCGACCGGCGCCAAGAUCGUCGCCGGCAUCUCGGUCUUCUUCAUCUGCAUUUCUGUGAUAUCGUUCUGUCUGAAGACACACCCGGGUCUCCGGGUGGAACUUCCCCCAGCCCUGCUGAACAUCUCGGCAAACGGCACCAGCGCCCUGCUGGCCAACAUGACCAGCAUCGUGGGCCCGCUGACCGGCGGACCCAGCAGUGGAACCAACUCGGCGGACGGGAAGGCCGACCCCCGGGCCAACCCGAGACCCCUGCGGACGGGGCGCCUCAUCUCGUCCGCGUACCGGAUCAACUCCGGCAAGGGCGGCAACAUCGUGGACAACUGGCAGGAGACGUACGGCCAACCGCACGAGGCCUUCUUCUACGUCGAGCUCGUUUGCAACGUUUGGUUUAUCAUCGAGCUGACGGUGCGGCUUGUGGUCGCCCCCAACAUCUUCGUGUUCAUCCGAUCCCCGGUCAACAUCAUCGACCUGGCCGCGACGCUCAGCUUCUACACCGACGUGUGCCAGCGGAUGGGCGAGCAGACGGGCCUGCUCGAGGCGUUCUCCAUCGUCCGGAUAUUGCGCCUGUUCAAGCUGACGCGCCACUCGCCCGGCCUCCGGAUUCUGAUCCACACGUUCAAGGCUUCGGCCCGGGAGCUCACGCUGCUGGUGUUUUUUCUCGUCCUGGGCAUCGUCGUCUUCGCCAGUCUCGUGUACUACGCCGAGAAGCUGCAGGACAAUCCGGACAACCAGUUCAAGAGUAUCCCGUUGGGGCUGUGGUGGGCCAUCGUCACGAUGACCACCGUCGGGUACGGCGACAUGGCCCCCAAGACGUACGUCGGCAUGUUCGUGGGGGCGCUGUGCGCCCUGGCCGGCGUGCUGACCAUCGCCCUGCCCGUGCCCGUCAUCGUCAGCAACUUCUCCAUGUUCUACUCGCAUACGCAGGCCCGCUCCAAGCUGCCGAAGAAGCGCCGACGGGUGCUGCCCGUGGAGCAACCCCGGCGGAAGCGGGACGUUGGGGUGGCGAACCGGCGGAUGAACGCGAUGAAGCACCAGCACGCCACCACCCACCCGACGGGCCACCCGGCCAUCUUUAAGGACGCUUUCGGCGGGGCGAAAAUCGGCCACGUGAACGGCGUAAACGUGAUAGGUCUCACCCUGCAGGGUCCCUCCGUGCCGGGGCUGGCCGUCCUCAAGCCCCCCUCCAUCAUGCAGCAAGGUGACUUCAUUAAUGUCCCCGCGCUCAACUCCCUCCAGCCGCGGCAGCCCACGACCGGAAACGUGGAUUUAUUGCUUCCAUUACAGCCCAAGUUGCUGGUUCCGCUGACAAUGGAUCGAAGGGAUUCCAACCGAAACCCGAUGGAAUCUACGCUGGGAGGAUCGGGACUGACCGGCGGCUUUGGCUUGACGUCCACGCUGGCGACGAUGCCGAGUCCAGCACCGGUUCCAUGUCCGGCGGCCCCGGAGGAAGUAAUUUUGGAGCCCAAGGUCACGCUGCACAACGACAGCGCCAUCUCGACGCCCACGUCGUUCAACGAUGGCCACGAUACGCCCUCGGGGGAUGAAGUUUGAGGAAUGGUUUGGGAGUUGGCGUUGAGGUUAGGAGCUUGCAGCUGAUUUGUGCCAACUUGAUGUUGCGUGGAACGGAGGCAGGGUUAGAUGCGAAAGUUUAGUGUGUUUUGAGGGCGAGUUUUUUUCUAGUCAAAGAAACCAAGUAAAAGCUUUAAAAACUGUUGGAAAUUUGAAAGCAGAUUGUGAAUAGACGGACGAAUGGAAUGAGUAAAAAGUUAAAACUUAAGAUAAGAGGUAAAAUUAAAUGUUUUUGUCAUACAAAAGCGUCCUCUAGCGAAUCGUUUUAAUAUGCUUAUAAGUGUAGAUAAAGAUUUGUACUUAUUGCCAACUAACAUAAUAAGUAUCUUAAAAAGUAUAGUGAUAAGUAAUACAUGCUUAGAAUGGAAGAGAAUUGAUACUUUGAAACCAUUUUUGUUAAACAAAAUGUCAUCAAAUAGUUGUUUGUUGAGUAACAUAUUUUAAAAGGACAAGUUUUGAAGCAAUUCCAAUAUUCAAUAUUAAGUUUUGAUCAAUGGUAAAAUUUUGUCGAAGAUCUUUAUUGUAGGGUAGUUAACCCUAUUUUAGACCUACUAAAGCAAAGCACUCACGCAUUCUAGCCGGUUCUCAACCAUCGUUAAACCUUUUAUUACCUUUUGUGGCUUUUGUCUUAGCUCUUUUCAUGCACUUUGGUAUAGAAUUUUGAUUAUUUGAUAAAAAUUUUCGCAAAUUUUAUCGUUGAAAAUGUAAAAUAUUAUAAUGUUAAUUUUGGACCAAAUGCUCUAACAUCCGAACCAAAUGAGUGUGGCUGUUGCGAAAAGUUGCAAAUAGUUAUUGAGUUUUUUUUUAAAUAUCAAUUUUAAACAGUAGUUUGCAAAAAAGUAAAAAGAGACCAUUCCUCUCAAAUGUAUUAAACACGAAAUGAAGUUCAACUAGUUUUAAGGAAGUUUAAUAGUAAUUUAUGCAACACGUUGCAAAAAGCAGUUUUUUUCAGCACGAGUCGUACAUUUAUCCAACGAGGUUUACCGAGAAAAAAAAAUCACCGUUCAAGACAAAAAAAUAUUGAAAAAUGUUACUUUUCGAUACUAGUGUUGAAAAGUUCAACUUUUCAGCACCCAUUUCAGUGUUGAAAAGUAGAACUUUUCAGCACUGGUAUUGAAAGGUAUAAAUUUUCUAUUCUGUUAUUUUUGGCCGUUUCGUUUCUCCAGAAGGACAGGAAAAGUUGACAGUUUCACAGCGGAAUUGCAAAAAUCAGAUUUUUGCAAUUCCGUCGUGAAACUAUUUACUUUUCCUGUCAUUCUUGAACGACGAAAUAGCCUACUUUUCUGUACCAAAAAUAACAGAAUCGAAUAGCAUCACUUUUCAACAUAAAUGCUUAAAAGUUCUACUAUUCAGCACUCAAUUGGGUGCUGAAAAGUUGAACUUUUCUGCACUUGUUUCGAAAAGUAACACUUUUCAACAUUUUUUUGAUUUAAACGAUUUAUUGACAAAAUACAUGAAAAUUUGACAUAAAAUUUCACUCAGUGUGUGUUUUUUGGAAUUGCAAAAAAAUGUUGUAUGGAACUCGUUGCAAAAUCGGUGAACCUCGUUGGAUAAAUGUACGAUUCGUGCUGAAAAAAUCCUCUUUUUGCAACUUGUUGCAUAAACUACUAUUUUAUGCUUCAAUGCUUAUAUAUUUUUUUUCAUCAUAGCUUGGGAAAUUUAUUUUGAACAAAAGUUGUGCUACGAUUGUUCAGUGUUUCUGUAAAUCGAGAUUUGAUUAAUUUAUUUGUUGUUUUAGACAUUGAAUCAUUUUUUUUGGCAAUGUUCUAGUUUUAAAAUUUUGAAUGCUUAUAUAAUUUUUGCGAUUUUUUUUAUU